CUGCUAGCAUCCUUCUCCGGGAACAAGCAUUGCAUGCCACCACAUUCCUCUCGUCUUCUCCGCCGUUGCUCUCUCUCUCUCUCUCUCCUACUCGCUCGUCCUGCAUAUAUACCUGCCCCACUGCAAGCUUUCGUGAUCAUCGGCUCAUUGCAUCGUUCGUUGCCGCCAUUCUCUUGGCCGAGAAGCCACCUGUUCGUGUAUAUAUCCUUCUGCUGUGUUCAUGUCAUGGACACUCGAGGUCACCUCGUGUUUUCUCAUGCGUUCGUCCUCUGAACUUCACGGUCCUCCCUCCCGUUGCUCCUCCCUGCUAUAGCGGUACCGUAUAUAUAGCCUCGCCCUUUCAGAUCGGCCACUGUCGUGCCGUCGCCGCCGUCGCAUCCGUCCAGUUUUCCUCUGCAUCCCCAUCACCAACUCGUCCCAGCUUGCUGCUGAAAUACCGCUCGUACAGACCGAUCAACACCCAGGGUGUUAAAUCCUCCAAGAAUAAUCAACCACAGUACGUGUCCACAGAGCACUCGUCGCUGAGUGGUCGGUCGGUCGAUCGAACCAGUUAGUAGCUCUAGGCGGCAAGCAAGCAAGAGCUAGCCAGCCAUGCAAGACGGCGCGGGAGCGGAAGAAGGGGGCAUCCAGACGCUCCUGGCGCUGCUCGCCGACGGCGAGGAGCAGGCGCGCCAGCUCGGGGAGAUGGUGGCCGCCGAAGACGACGGGCCGUGGUCGUCGUCCCGACGAGCGGCGGCGGAGCACUACAGGGGCGCGGCGCGGCGGCUGCAGCGCACGCUCGGGCGGGCGGCGGCCGUCGCUAGGGCCUUCGAGGCCGCCGCGCCGGGGUCGUCGCGGGGCACCGACCGCUCCGACGACUCGCCGCGGUCGGCGGACGAGAGCUCGGGCCGGACGGUCGCUGUCGACGCGCAGGCGCAGGAGCGCCAAAGCACCAUGUGCAAGAGGAGAAAAGGUCUGCCAAGAUGGACCGCGAAGUUCCGAGUGCCAGAAACAAGCUUGGAGGCCACCCCGGACGACGGCUUCAGCUGGCGGAAGUACGGCCAGAAGGACAUUCUCGGCGCCAAGUUUCCCAGGGGCUACUACCGGUGCACGUACCGCGCCGCGCAGGCGUGCGCCGCCACGAAGCAGGUGCAGCGAUCCGACGCCGACUUGUGCGUCUUCGACGUCACGUACCAGGGCGAGCACACCUGCCACCAGAAGCCGCGGCGCGCCACCGCGGCCUUGUCCGCGCCCGGCGGGAGGAGCCAGACACCGCCGCCGCCGCCAACGCCGCCUGCACUACCGCUGGAGCAGCAGGACCCGGGCAUGCGGCUGCUGGGGAUGGGAUUCAGGCGCGUCCUCAGGGUAGAGACGGCGGGGCUGGCGCUCCACGACGACCCCGACGACCGCGGCCCCGCCUCCGCACCCGCCGCGCCCUUCUCCUUCCCCUCCGUGCCGCCGCCUCUCCUCCACGCCGGCGAGGCGGCGACGACGACGGACAGCAUCCCCGUGGCAGCGGCCUUCUCGCCGCCCGCGUCGAGCUACGGCUUCUCCGCGCCGUCGUACGACUGCGCUCCCGCGACCUGCUACGGCGACGUCUACGACUACGACUACGAGGCUCCUCAGGGGGCGCGCAUGCGCGGGGCGGAGUCGUCGGAGCUCGGCGAGGUCGUCUCCAGGGCGAUGGUCGCCGCCCCCGCCUCGUUCGACUACUCGUCGUCGCUCUUCCACCACCAAGCCGAGCUCGACCCGCACCUGCCGUUUCCACCGUUUGGCGGGCCGCCCCAUGACCCAUACCAGUAGGCAUGGGCGCUGAAAUGAUCGACGAUUUCGCUUGGGUUUCUCUUGCCUUCGUUGCCUUUGCCACCUGCCCACCUUAACACGCCAGGCAGUAGUACCUGCUCUACCCGAUCCUGAACACCCGCUGUCACUUUUAUCCUGGUUUAUUAACUGAAUACUCUCUCUCUAGUUUAAAUUAUAACUUUAUAAGAUAUUUUAGCCUUUUACUACAUUAAUUUUACUGUGGGUGUAGGUACAUCGAAGUACAUAACAUAAUUUAUGUAUCUAAAAAAGUCAUCUUAUAAUUUGGAAUGGAGAGGGUAAUAGUUACUUUGAGCUUUGUAGUUGUUGUAAUGUAAGAACAUUGUUUUUGCUUAUAUAAGUAUAUCACCUAGGUUUCUCA